AUGUCGUCGAAAAGAACUCUGCGCAAUUACUUUUCAAGUUCUAGUGGUAGUGGUCCAUCAACUAAUGAGAGCACAACUCAACCAAAGAAACCUAGAGCUAGAAGAACUCCAGAAUUUCUUGGAUGCACUGAACUUGGAAAAGUUGCUGAAAUUAUGGUGAAGACUAAAAUGCACGAAUCUUAUAAAUUGGUUUAUCGUCUCAUUGAGCUAACCUUGAUACUACCGGUGGCAACGACUUCAGUUGAAAGGAUAUUUUCAGCCAUGUCUAUUAUAAAGACAUAUUUGCGUAGUAAAAUGGGUGAUGACUGGCUCAAUGACUUGAUGAUAUGCUAUAAUGAGAAGGAGAAAUUUAGAAAGAUUGAUAAUGAAAAGAUCAAAAAGCGGUUUCAAGAUAUGAAAAAGCGUCAUUGCUACUUCGGAUGA